AUCAGUUUCAGGUCGAUCGUGAAUCGUGGAGCACGCCAAAUGUACGUCCGGAAUUGUUUGCUGUUACUCUGGAUCUGUUUGCUGAUCUCGUUGGCGGUCGUUAUACGCGCCGAUGGGGAUGAGGAUGAGUCCGAGGGGAAUCUAUCGCGAACCGUUCUGGUUCCCAGUCUGGAGGGUCAUUGCCAAAUGGAGGGCAAGGUGACAAGCUGCAGUGGUUUCCAGUUCGAGAGUGAGGACGAAAAGGCCACCUUUGAUCUGCCAACGGAGGUGAGGAUUGCCGAGGAUGGCACCACCUACGAGGUGGGCGAUGAAAUGCCCUCCAGAACCCUGAUCUUUGAGAACUGCACCUUCACCAACUUUCCCCUGCGACUUUUCUACACGCUGGAGGUGAGUGAGUUGGAUAUGCGAAGCUGUGGCAUCCGCUUCAUCUACUGGGAGAACUUCUCCAUUGGAGCCGACAAUCUGGUGAUCCUCCUGCUGUCGGACAAUAAGUUAGAGAUGCUGCCCAUGGGAACAUUCAGGGGAGCGGGAAACCUGGAGUUCCUCUUCCUGAAUCGCAAUAAACUGAGUAAACUCCAUGCGGGUGCCUUCGAGAAUCUGAAGAAGUUGCAGUACUUGGAUUUGACGGAGAAUCGCCUGGAGGAUCUGCCAGGGGGUAUAUUUUCGGAAUUGAAAAGUCUUAGACACGUGGGUCUGGCCCACAACCAACUGACCAUCAUAGAGAGCGAUCUAUUUGGACAAAAUCCCGGACUCUUAUCGGUUGCAAUGCAGAACAAUAGACUUCGGGAGGUGGGCGAGUACGCCUUUCGGUCGAAGGGGCGUGACCAUCAGAUACAGUAUGUAGAUCUAUCGAAUAAUCCCCAGCUAACAGUGCUGCUGCUGAAUAUUAAUGCCACCAAUCUGACCGUUCGCAAUUGUUCGCUGGACCGUGUCAAUUUGUACGGUUCGGUGACGAAUGUCGAUCUGAGCGACAAUCGCGUGAGGGAGCUCUAUUUUCCCGCCUCGGAGGCCCUGGAGCACCUGGUGCUGCGCAACAAUUCGCUGGUCCAGUUGGCCUCUUUGAGCCGCGUUCCCAAGCUGCGACACUUGGACGUGGCCGAUAAUCCGCAUCUGGGUCAGUUGCCCCAGGGUUGGCAAACGCCGGAGCUCCAAAUGUUGGUACUACGAAACACUGGACAAGUGGAAGUGCCACUGGAGGCUCUGCAGGGAAUGCCAAACCUGCAGAAACUGGACAUUUCCUUUAACAACCUCACCGAAAUCGAUCCCUCAACAUUCCCAACUCUUACGCAGCUUACUCACUUCUUUAUCCAUGGAAACAAUUGGAACUGCUUUAGUCUGCGAGUCAUAAUGGAUGUUCUAAUCCGUGGCAAUGGCAUUACCUAUACCAUCGACGACUACAAUCCGAAUUUCCCGGGGGAGUAUUUCCAUGGAAUAGCCUGCAUGUAUCGCUUGUCCGAGAAGGAGUCACUGGACUCUUCUAGCUCCUCCUCGGAACUCUCGGCCAGUGUGGAGUCCUCGCCAAAACAAAGUAGUGUUGAGCCCAGCGAGGUGGAAAAACUGCGUCAGGAACUGAAAUCGGUUGUCCAGCACUUUGAGACCAAGUUCGAUAUGAUCUUCAAUAAACUAGCCCAGCUGAAUGAGCAGAUGCAGUCCUUUGAAGUACUUAACAAAACAGUUUGGAGUCAGGUCACCUUAUCGGUCUGAGCAAUUUUUAAUACCUUGUAAAAAAAGGAAUUUAUUGUUUUUUGAUGUGAUCAAUAAAUUUUUCAAUAUGUUUUUAAUUAAAAGA